GCUAUGAAAAUUGACAAUUUUGUAGCAAUUUUUGCUUUCUUGGCUUUUGGUUUCUCAUUAGUCACUGCCACUGAUCCUCCGCCUCUUGACGACUUUUGUGUUGCACCAAGUGGCACCAAGUUUGCGGUUAUUGAAAAUGGAAAAUUUUGCAAGGACCCAAAGUUAGUGACUGCAGAAGAUUUCUUCUAUUCAGGACUGAAUAUACCAAGAAACACAAAAAAUAAACUUGGAUCAAAUUUUACCGUUGUAACAGCUAAAGAAAUAAAAGGAUUAAAUAGCCUCGGAAUAUCCAUAGGACGUGAUGAUUAUGCACCAAAUGGUGUAGCUCCCCCUAGUUAUCAUCCUCGAGCAUCAGAGAUUAUAACAGUCUUAGAGGGUACGCUCUAUCUCGGGUUUAUCACAUCAAAUCCCGAUCACCGUCUCUUUGCAAAAAUUCUACAUCCCGGAGAUAUUUUUGUAGUCCCGAUCGGUUUAAUUCAUUUUUUAUGGAAUAUUGGUAAAACUCAUGCAGUUGCAAUUCUAGCAUACAAUAGCCAAAAUCCGGGAACCAUAACGGUACCCAAUACAAUCUUCGGAUCAAUACCGCCUAUCGACCUUCAAGUUCUUAGCAAGUCAUUCCAGCUCGAGAAGAAAAUUGUGGCUUAUCUUCAAGAACAAGAAUGGGUUGAUUAAUAUAAUUCUAAUAAAUUUUGUGAAAAUUUUCUUGUAUUUCCGUUUUCGAUGAUGAUAAUAAUAAUAAUAAUGAUAAUAAAGAUUGCACGGAG